AAAUGAAGCCACAUACAAUGAGCAAUAUCACCUACAAUUCUAAGCCACUUACUGAAGAACUUCAAACCAAAGAAAAGCUAUAAUGGAUCUUCUCCUCCUCGGGAAGACUCUUCUCGGCCUCUUCUCCGCCGUAGCAACGGCCAUCUUAGUCUCCAAACUGCACGCCAAACGCCUUAAACUCCCUCCAGGCCCAUUCUCUUUCCCGAUAUUCGGAAGCUGGCUCCAAAUAGGUAACAACUUAGACCACCACGUUCUCACAGACUACGCCAAGAAAUACGGCGACGUUGUCCUGCUCAGGCUGGGCCAACUCAACAUUGUCGCCGUCUCAUCAAAAGAGCUCGCCGGAGAAGUCCUGCUGACUCAGGGACCGGAGUUCGGUUCACGCUCAAGAAACAUCGUUUACGAUAUGUUCACCGGCAACGGCCGGGACAUGAUCUUCACCGACUACGGGGAUCACUGGAGGAAGAUGCGGCGGAUCGUGGCGACGCCCUUUACCGGGAACAAGGUGGUGCAGCAGCGGCACAGGGAGUGGGAGGAGGAGGCAGCGGCGGUGGUGGAGGAUGUCAGGAGGAAUCCGGCGGCGGCGGCGGAGGGGAUCGUGUUGAGGAGGAGGCUGCAGCUGAUGGUGUACAAUAAUGUGUAUAAGAUACUGAUCGGGAAGAGGUUUGAGAGUGAGGAGGAUGCGUUGUUUGUGAAGGUGAAAGAGAGUAAUGGUGAAAGGAGUAGACUGGGACACAGCCUUGGCAAUUUUGCUGAUUUUAUUCCCUUCUUGAGGCCUUUCUUGAGAGGGUAUAUGAAUAUGUGCAGGGAGAUUACCAUCAGAAGGCUGAAUCUUUUCAAGGAUCUUGUUCAUCAAAGAAAGAAAGAUGCAGUUUUGGACGGUAAUAGUUCAAAAUGUGCUGUUGAUCACUUCCUUGAGGCUCGACACAAAGGAGAGAUCAAAGAUGACAAUCUCAUUUACCUUGUUGAGAACAUUAAUGUUGCUGCAAUAGAGACAACAGUUUGGACACUUGAAUGGGCUAUAGCGGAGCUGAUCAACAACCCUCAUGUCCAAACAAAACUUCGAGCAGAGAUUGACACCGUGCUCGGUCCAGGAGUUCAAGUCAUGGAGCCCGACAUUCACAAGCUCCCAUACCUUCAAGCCGUGAUCAAGGAGACUCUUCGCUUCAGAAUGAUUGUUCCUUGCUUGCUACCACACAUGAAUCUCAACAACGCCAAGCUAGGCGGAUACGACAUCCCAGCCCGGAGCAGAGUGUUGGUGAACGCCUGGAUGCUAGCUAACGACCCGGCCCAUUGGAAGAGGCCCGAAGAGUUCAGGCCCGAAAGAUUCCUUGAAGAGGAAUCUAGGGUUGAAGCCAGUGGCAAUGACCUAAAGUACAUCCCAUUUGGAGUGGGACGAAGAAGUUGCCCGGGGAUUGUCAUUGCAAUGCCGGUUCUGGGCAUCACUUUGGGCAGGCUGGUGCAGAAUUUCGAGUUGCUACCUCCUCCAGGGCAGUCCAGAAUCGAUACAACGGAGAAUAAUGGGCAGUUUGCUACCCGAGUUUUGAAGCAUUCUACUGUUGUUUUGAAACCAAGAUCUUUCUGAUAAAAUUUCUUUCUCCCUAUACGUACCACAUAUAUAUUAUGUAAAAUUUUAGUACUAAUAUUAAUAUUAUAUGAAAUUUUAGUGUGA